GAACCUAGCACGCAAAAAUGGUCAAGCCGAUCGUGUCCAAGGCUAUCGUGAAGAAGCGCACGAAGCGCUUCACCCGCCAUCGCUGCGAGGUCUUCCCUCAGCUGAGCUCGAGCUGGCGCAAGCCCCGCGGUGAGGACUCCCCGGUCCGCCGCCGCUACAAAGGCCAGAAGGCCAUGCCGAACAAGGGCUACGGUAGCGACCGCUCCACGAAGUACAUCACUCCUUCUGGUUUCAAGAACUUCCCGAUCCAGAACGUGCAGGACCUGUACAUGCUGGUGAUGCAGAACCGCAAAUACGCCGGCGUGAUUUCCCACACUGUUGGUGCCAAGUCGCGCAAGGCUAUUGUUCGCAAGGCCCUGGAGCUAGACAUCCGUCUCGCUAACGGCAACUCGAAGCUCCGCAAGAUUGCCUCCCAGUAAGUGACCAUGUAGCGUUACGGUUUCUUUUCUUUUCUUUUAUGUUUAUUUCAAACAAAU